AUGGACAUGGCCCAUCUUUGCAUCUACAAUGGGUCAUUGCAUAGCGUGCUCAUCGCCCGCCCCCCACUGGCGCCCGCAUGCGACUCCACAAACCAGAUCAUCAUGCACUGCAUCAGCCAUUGCGAGCAGGAUUAUCAGCCAGAUGCCCUCAAGGCAUCAGACGGGGGAGAUACUCAUGGCAGAGACCAAUUGAAGGCAGAAGGCAUGGAUGCGGCCCAGGUUGAUGGACAUGCGCAUGCUCAUCGCCGCGUUCAAACCAAUGAACAAUAUCUCUCCCCACCUGUUGAGGCUCAUGCAGAUGGAGAAGGAACCGGUGGCUAUCUUGGCAUCAUCGAGGUGGCCGAGAUCACAACCCGAGCCACCUUCUGCGACUGUGACUGGUGCUUGAUCUGUGGUGACGCCAUCGCCUCAUCUUGGUCCCUUACAAAAAAGAGCAAGGCUGUUCGGAUGGCUCGGAAAGAAGUUGACAUCCACUUGAAGGAAGUAGGGUAUAUCAACUGCUAUGCAUUUUUCAUGGCCUACCUGUUGAUGGCCAUUAGGGGGCUGGGCUACCUCGUCAUUACCUGGUCCACCGUCGUUCUCCUAGGCGGCUUUGUCUCGGAUCUGGGGAAGAAGGACUUUUGGUCCCUCACCAUCAUCACCCUCGUCCUAACACCUCGGGUCUCUGCUGAUGUCGGUCUGAAGGAGAAGCUAAUGGAUAUUUGGUACUCGUUCCAUGGCCUCUACCGUACUAUAUUUGCCACGCUGGACACCAAAAAUUCUAUCACCCUAGCAUAUUGGCCACGCGGACUGCUAGCAGUUGUUGUGUGGUUGUGUCACCUGCUCGUGGCUCCUAUAGUAGUGGGCCCUCUAGCAGCUCUCUACGUGUGUGGGCCGCUGUUGAGCGCCGGGAUUUCUGUGUGGCGUCUAAUAGAACAUGACUACGGCGACGUCAUGAAGGAAGAAGGUUGCUGCAACUGCAUGAAGGAUGAAGAUUCACACCUGCAGCCGGCUCUGAAUGUCUUGUUUUACGCGUCUUUUGCGCGAAAAAGGCUAGUGCGCGAUGUCGCGAAAGAGUACAACAUGAGCAAUGACGAACAAUUGGUGAAGGCUGUGAAGAAGUACCUGAGUGAGACGGUGAGCAGGUGCGAGAAGGACCCGGCUUUCUUCAAGGAAACAAAUCUGGCCAUGUACGCCGUUGGAAUGAUCAAGUCCAUCGAAUCAUUGGAAAGCUUCGUUUCUGGGGCAAGGAUUCUGGACGUCCUCUUGAACUACGCCCUCACCGUAAAGGACAAGCGACCGCGUAGACUCACGGAAGAGAAGCAGAAGGCGCUCACAACAGACCUCAUAGGUUUGGCGUCCACCAGCCAUGUAGUCAAGAAAUUGCUGCAGGCGAUGGAUUCCACAAGCCCACAUAUAUUGGCGAACAUUGCCGGCAGGACUCCUCUGAUGCAAUUCCCACAAGUGAUCCAGAGCGUAGGCUCGCUGAUCGACAUCUCUCAGCAGCAACUUGAAGGGGAAUGUGCCGUCGCCAAGCUCCAAAGUGGACUACAGGAAGCUGAAAACUACAGGAAGCUGCUUAUGGAGAAAGGCUUCGAUAUCCUUCACAAGCUCGCCGCCGACCAAGAAAACUGCAGAGCCAUAAGCAACUCCCAGGGCCUACGGUCCAAGGUUGUGGUGCCUGUACGCACCGACCUGCUACAUCUCAUGGACCAUGAGGCAUGGUCGACCACCAUCGUAGACAAGUCGCUGCAAGUCAUGGCCAGCCUCGUGGCUUCUCCGGGAGAGACUGGUGCCCAGCUGCGUAACCAAAUCUCAAGUGACAAGGAAGUGAUCCAUGGCAUGGAGAGGAUCCUAAGAUGCUGUGGAUGCAGUGAACAUGUUCGCAUAUUAAGCAUUGAGAUUCUCACGCACCUGGCCAUGGAUGAGGAGGAGUCACUGCGUGUCAACAAGGAAAGCAGAGAAAAUUUUAUCAGGAUGCUCCCUUCCAUCCUCACUGAUGACGCCAAAGAAUGCUCCAUUAGAGAAUUGGCGGGUGAAGCACUGGUGAUGCUAAGUCAAAGUAAAAGCGACGCUGCCAUCAUCUUGAAGGCCAACGAUCAUGUUGUCCGUGAUCUCACUAAAAUCCUUUGAGACGUUGCAGCCAGCAACACAAAUCGAAUUAGUGCAGCAGAAACACUGAAUCAUCUCUACUUUCAUUACAAAGAGAAUGCGGCCUAUCUCAAGACACUCAAGGAACCCAUGGAGGACGUGAUAC